AUGUCUCCACCUGUUCUGGGCCCACAACGAGAGGGGGAUCUUGCGGCGCAGCUGGCAAAGCUGGGAUGGGCUGUUUGCUCCUGCGACAUCGAGCAGCCUACUCCGACAAAUUUGUUGGAUCAGGCCGUGAGAUCAGCUAUCCUGAAAGACAUCGAUGACCAGCGCUACGACGCCAUCUUCCUGGGGACGCCAUGUGAGACAUAUUCAGCCCUGCGGGAGAUCAAGCCGGGCCCAAGGCCAUUGAGGUCCUCACCGGAGAUCAUGGGAAUCUCGACAGGCUUGACACCAGCAGAAAAGAAGCAGCUGGCCGAGGGCAACGAGCACACCGAAUUUUCUGCCGAGGUGAUGCAACGAGCCCACAAGAUGUACACCCCUUUUACGAUGGAGAACCCGGAGCCAUUGCAUCCAGUUUUGAUUUUCAACACCCCAAGUUUCAAAGAGGUGGCAAAGCUCAAGAGCGUGAGGGCCGUCGACUUUGAUCAAUGCAGGGUGGGAUGCGAGGCGAAGAAGCCUACGAGACUGCUGAGGUACCGAGUGGAGUACUCCGGCUUGGACAAGCUGAGGUGCAACCACGAGCCCAAAACCUUCACCGGCACGGAUGGGAAGGAGUACAAAGCAGCUCAUGAGAAGGUGGCGCAACGACGACGUACCAAUGCGGAUGGUAAGUCGGCCUCAAAAGCCUUGGGAAACUAUGCACCUCAGUUCUGCGAGGCAAUUGCCCGUGCAAUCGCCAAGGUCAACAUGGAGCGUCCGGGCGACGGACCGACGGUUAAAGAGUUGGAAGAUGAAAAGGCCCUGGGAGGGAUGCGGAAACCAGCAGAGUCAAUAAAGAGGCUACCUCAGUCGCAAGUAUUGGGGCAAGCCCUGCGCCAGCUAUUGGAGAAAGCCAUCGAACAAUACCCCAGCCUGCUGCAUACGGCAAAGGGUAUUGUAGAUGGGUCGGGCGAGAUCGCGGAGAUGGAUGCCGAAGCAAUCAAGGCUCUGCGCUCAGCAGCUGGCAAACUACUUGAGCCUCAGGAACCCAUGCCAGCCAAGACAGCCAGCGCCAGCUCUCCGCUGGAUGCUACGUUGUUGUGCGGCUGGGGGGACUUGGGGGAUGACCCCGAUGCAAAGCUACUUGCGUCUUGGGUCUUGCAAGGGGCACCCCUCGGAUUCGACCAACCCACAGAGGCAGAACUGCGCCGACCAUGGGACGAGUGGGAAAACUGGCCAUCAGCAGAGGAAGAACACGAAGCACUCGUGAAGUUGGUGAGGGAGGCGGAAGAGAAGGGGUUUUGCAAAAUCACCGCUGGCCCGGAGGUCGCACGGCAAAUUCUCGGUGCUGAUCCAGUUCUCAGCAAGCUGGGUGUCAUCGUGAAACACCAAGGCGAGAACCAGGAGAAGAAGACGAGAAUCAUUUGGGAUCUACGGGAAAGCGGUUUGAACAACAAGUGUAACCCUGCCGAGCGGGUGGUGCUCCCCAGGCUACUCGAUGUCGUAACAGACUCCUUGAGGCUGUUGAAGACAGAGGGGGCAGUAACCUUCGCGGCGGUCGACAUCAAAGACGCAUUUCACAACGUACCAGCCAGCUCAGACCGCAAGUACACGGUGGCUUCCGCAGAACUGGAGGACAAGAAGCAGUUCUUCAUAAUCUAUGGUUUCUUGGUGUUUGGGUCGAGGUCAAGCCCAACAAUUUGGGGAAGGUUCGCAGCACUGCUUGGCCGCAUCCUUGCAGCCACGGUGCCAGAGAACCGAACCCACAUCUAUGUGGACGACCCGAUCCUCUGA